UAUUUCCGCAUUAACGAAUCUUUUCGCACUUCUAAUGUUUCGAUUUAGUAAUUUAGUAGCGUUUAACCUGUUUAUUUACGUCAUUUUGAUUGAAACAGAAACAAACAAAUAUCGUACGAGCUUUGAAUGACUAUUCGUCAUCGACAGGUGAAUCAAAGAUAAAGUGAACAAAACAAUACAUAAUGGCACAGAAAGGUGGUUACCCUGGAAACCCUCCACCAUACUAUGCUGCACCUGGAGCUGCUGUGUACAACAUUCCAAACGCAGGCCAGAAUGUGACCAUUGUACAAGGACAGCCCCAUGUGGUCACUAAAUCAUCUCGAGGAUUAUUUGGUCAAAUCGGACAUGAGAUAAAUUUGUUGGGAAAGACAAUCAGUCGAGAAGUGGACUGGACUGCUGAUCAGAUCAACAAAAGUUUAGCUACAACUGCACAGGGAAAUAUUUUGAAUUUGUUCCAAUCUGGAAAUGUUAUACAGUUGGUUUCUCGGAGUUCUGGCCGAAGUUUAGAGAUUGUGCAGGGACCUGCAUCACUUAUUGUUGACGGCCUAGGACAGGACAAUGCACCAAAUGCAACAUGGACAGUUGUAAAUGAAGGAGGUAAUCAAGUUAGACUUCAUAAUAACAACAACUUCCUUGCAAUCAUCAAUGGAGCCACAGUAUUGAUAAAUAUGCCUCCAGGAACAAUGCAUGGUAUAGAGACAAAGUUUCAGUUAACACAGAGACUGCAGUUUGUUCAUCUCGAGUCCAUGAAAGAAAGAGGCAAACAUAUUGGCAUUCUGCCAAGCGGUUUGCUGAAAGCAGCACUAGCUACCGGGAAGGAAGAUCAUUCCAUGUUUGGUGUUCGCCUUAUAUAUUCUCCGUAUGGUGUAGCUGCUGCUGGGAAACACUGAAUGUUGUGUUAUAUCGAACAUGCUGAAACAGUGACUCUUUUAUCAGUGUGUGAGGCGGGUGGUUAUGUAGUGACUUUGAUUUCUAUUCUAAUAAAGAAAAUCAUUUAUCCAAAUUUUAUCUCAUUUUUGAGAACUACCAUUGAUUUAUUACUGUCAUUUUCUUACAUAUUCUAUGU